AUGUGCGAGCGAAAGGCGGUGAUCAAAAAUACGGACAUGUCAGAAGAGGUGCAACAGGAUUCAGUGGAGUGCGCCACUCAGGCGCUGGAGAAAUAUAACAUAGAAAAAGCCAUUGUGGCCCACAUCAAGGAGGAGUUGGACAGGGACAACCCCACCUGGCACUGCACUGUGGGGAGGAACUUUGGUAGUUAUGUGACGCAUGAAACCAAACACUUCAUCUACUUCUACCAGGGCCAGGUGGCCAUUCUUCUGUUCACAUCUGAUUGA